CUUCUCUCCGUCGUCAUUCAUCGUGAUUUCGAAUCCAGCCGGUAGUCUCCGGUCUUAUCACAUCAAUUAUUACCAGCUCAAUUCAAGAUUAAAGUCUUGCGUGACAGGCAGACGGUCUGGGGUCUCACGUAACGUAAAAGAAUCGCUUGAAAUUAUUCACUAAAAAUGCCUUUGGAUAUUCCCGGGUUUGCGUAUGCCGCUACUGUUGCUGCGGGAGGCAUAAUGGGUUAUGUCAAAUCUAAUUCAAUUCCAUCAUUGGGUGCUGGACUUUUGUUUGGUUCACUGUUGGGUUUUGGAGCAUACCAAACUACCCAGGACCCAAACAACUAUGGGAUGUUGUUGGGUACUAGCGCAACUCUUGGCGGCAUAAUGGGCUACCGGUUCUAUAAUUCUAGAAAAGUUAUGCCUGCUGGUGUGAUUACUGUCAUAAGCACUGCAAUGGUGAUCAGGCUCUUGGUACGGCAUUUUUCACCGACAAUAACAGGAACAAAGCACCAAUGAAUAUUUUGACGUCCAUAAUCUAAUCUAUAUUAAUUUGCACAAGUAAUUCAAUCGUCCAGCCGCAUUACUGUGCAACUUUACACUCUGGGUAUAUGGUGAUUGUUGUGUAUGAUUUUGUACUCGAUAGUUUUAUACGUAGAUUGCACUCAUCAUUUAUCACAGUGAGAUGUAGUGUGAUCGCGUUGUGAUUUUAUGAACAAAAUAAAUCAAAUUUCUUGCUUAUUA